AUGCGCUCAAUUGACCCCGAGAAGCACCACCAGUAUUUUCGGAUGUCGGCCGCCAAAUUUGAUGACCUGGCCAGGAGAAUUUCGAUGAAGAUCGCCCAUCAGAGGACACAUCAGGCCCCGAUUUCGGUGGAGGAGAGGCUGGCUGUCACACUGAGGUACCUGGCAACUGGGGCUUCCCAGGUCAGUGUGGCUGCAAGCUACAGACUGGCUGGGUGCACCGUGUCAAAGAUCAUCCCAGAAGUUUGCCAGGCCAUCUGGGAGGCUCUCCAGCCCGAGUUUGUCCCGUUUCCAUCGGCGGCACAGUUGGGUGUGAUAGCAGAUGAUUUUUGGAGGCUGUGGAACUUCCCCCUGUGUCUCGGCGCGAUCGACGGAAAGCACGUAUCGAUCCGAGCCCCUCCAAGAGCCGGGAGUGAUUUUUAUAAUUAUAAAGGCACCCACUCGAUUGUGCUAAUGGCAGUCUGUGACGCGAGGUACAGAUUCACAAUGGUCGAUGUGGGAGCCUACGGGCGAGAGAGCGACGGGGGAAUUUUGAAAGAGAGCCCUUUUGGGGCAAGGCUCCUAGAUGGGAGACUUGCCAUGCCUCCCCCAGCAACUCUGCCAGGCACUGGCAUGGUGAAUGCCCAUGCAUUCGUUGGCGAUGCAGCAUUUCCACUUCAUCAGAACCUGAUGAGACCAUACCCAGGCCAGAACCUCACCAUGGAGCAGAAGACCUAUAACUACCGCCUCUCCCGCGCCCGCAGGAUAAUAGAGAACACGUUUGGCAUUAUGGCUGCAAGGUGGAGGAUCUUUGGCAGGCCGAUUGAGUGUCAACCACGCAAUGUUGUUGACAUCGUGAAGGCCUGUGUUGCCUUGCACAAUUAUCUGUCUUACACAGAUGCGGCCAACACAGGGGAAGUAAGAUACAUCCCACCAGGAUAUGCGGAUAGCACCACGGCAGAUGGGGACAUCCAUCCAGGCGAGUGGAGACGACAUGUAGAGGGGGCGUGGAGGGAAUUGUACACGAAGCAGAUGAAGCUGCUGCUGCUGAUGGGGUUGCAGGUGGUGUUGCAGCAUCUUGCAGAGGUUGAGGUGAUUGUGAUGGUGACGAACUGGGGUCCACUCCUGAAGCAAUCAUCUCCAGCAGUUGCAUCGCAGAUAUUUCUUCAUUAG